AUGGAGCCCAAGAUACACCCCGCUGCAACCGUCACAAACAUCAAGAGCCUAAUUCCGGUUGUGCUCGAGAUGGAAUCCGGACAAUACGCGUCUUGGUCCGAACUGUUCAAGAUUCAAUGUCGGGCUAACCUUGUUAUCGAUCACCUCUCUCCCAAACCUGCUUCAUCCUCCUCAUCUUCUGGAACGACUAACGAAACCGACAAGGCCAAAGAAAUAGAGACUGAUGAAUCUUGGGAUCGGUUGGAUGCCAUUGUGCUCCAAUGGAUUUAUGCAACCAUCUCGAAUGACCUCUUGCACACCAUCCUCAAGCCGAACACCACUGCGUAUGAUGCUUGGAAGACACUCGAAAGCCUCUUUCACGACAACAAAAGUUCUCGGGCUAUACAUCUCAUGCAUAAAUUCUCUAACACACGCCUUGACGGAUUCUCUAGCGUCUCGGCGUAUUGCCAACAACUGAAGGUGUUAGCCGACCAACUGGCUAACGUUGGAAGUCCGGUUGACAAUGAACGCUUAGUACUUCAAUUAAUCGCGGGCCUCAAGAACAGUAUGAAGGUAUUGCCACCAUUCUUCAGCAACAGGACCCCUUACCCUCGUUCUAUGACGCUCGGUCUAAAAUCAUGCUCGUUGAAACUCGCAAGGCGGAACAAGCUCUCCUCACAGCUCAAACCGCGGGUACCGCAUUAA